CACCACCGGAUAUACCACGGCCGAGUCUCUCUCGAUUUUCUCUUCAACGCUAUCUCCCUGAACUUUGGAAACAAUGGUGUACCCCAUCCGGAGGCUGCAUCCCACCCUUGCAGAGCUGGAAAGCCUGUUGUAUUGCAGCCUCCAUUUGUACCUUCAGUGACAUCCUGAAAUGCUUUGAAUCCCUCCAUGUAUAGCCAUGGGUUUAAAAAUCCCAGUGGUGGCUUUUUCUCCGCUGCCAAUGCAUCAUUGACCAAAGCUACAAUGGCAGCGAAUGUUGGAGCAGAAGCUGAUGUGCCAUCAAUGAGUUUUGUCUCUCCGUUCCAAAUCGUCACAAAGCGAUACCCCUGCGCGGAAACAUCGGGGAUUGCACGUCCAUAUGGAUUGAACAUGCCAGAAUGGAGGUUGUUAAUCUUUGAAAGAUACCGAGCAAUGCUAUUGGGGUUAUUGGCUUGGUAAUCCGGACGCGGAAAGUAAUUACUGAAGCCUCCGCCUGAUGAGAAUCCAUUACGGCUGUUCACUGCAACAACUUCUGGCUGGAUGCCUUUUGUAGCACCGACAGAUGUGACCCACGGACAGGAAUCUGGAAAGCUUACAAGGAACUCGGGAGUAGUGAGGCCGUCAUUCGAAUAACAGUGACCCGGAUGACCAACACCAUAAUCUCCUGAACCCAUUAUAACAGAUACCCCGCGUGCACCCAGCUGGGCAAAACCGUUGCACACUCGUCGAGCAUAUGAAAUUGGAACAGUAUGUUCGAUGUCCCCAUACGAAGUGGAAACCACGCUGGGAAGUUCCGAAUCAGGCUGGUCAAGAAUCCAGUUCAGCCAUACCAAGAACGGCUCGUUAGUGUUGGUGGGAGUGAAUGAGUCCGGGAUAAACGGUGGCUCGGAUUUACCAACUGAAUAUAUAGUAAGAGGGAUUGGGUGGGCAAUGCCGAGCAUAACUUCAGCGUCAAGAUUGCCUUCCCUCCCAGCGCCGCGGGCGUAUUGCUCUGGCGUUACAAGACUCUGCUGGUUGAUCCCACCAUUUAUGCUGAUGUCUUCGAAGCUCUCUGCGCCAGAAACAGCGUCUGGUCUAUAUAUUUUGAGAAAAUGAGAAACAUCUGAUCUGUUGUUGAACUCUCCCAAAUAAUUGACCAGCGCCAUUUUUGUCCCUCGUUGAGAGUCCGCCCUGUAGUACAGGGUGCCAUACAGCGUACGAAGGCAAAGGGACGUUACAGCGCUGGCGUUACAUGCUUGUUGAGGGGUCAAAUCCGGUGGGAUAUUAUUCAAGUCGACAUCCGUUCCGAUACCCAAUGCGGCGUCCUCUGCUUGUUGGUUAAUGUUCGUGAUCUCGUGGUCUUCAUUCUGACGUGCUUUGACUUGGCCUGGGAUGCGCAUUAAGGAGGUUGUUGGUUGAAUGGUGUCGAUCGCGUCGUGUAGGUAUUGGGGUACUGACCACUCCAUUGCCCGAGCGGCUGUUUGAUGCCCGUAUCUGUAUAUAUGAUAUUUGGUAUCAAGAAGGCGCUCCGCUUCCGCAAUAGAUACAGUCACCGCAAGCCAGUCUCCGGCCGCGUUAAAAUUGUGACGACCAGUCGAAAUACCAUGCUCUUCAAGCCACGCUUGCGUACGGUCUACGGCAUCUCGAUGCGGUCGAAGUAGCCUGGCUACUUCAAAUCUAGUCAGAAACUGACCGUAUCUCUUGUGGCGCGGGUUGGAAACUAGAGAAAUGUUAGCAAAUCUAUACCAGAAAAGUUAAAGAUACCAGACGCCUGACCUUCUUGAAGCCUAUUUUCCAGCUCAGCUAAACGACCUUGCACAAGACCUAUUUGAAGCGAGAUAUUCAUAGACGGAGGUGCUGUGCCUUCGCGAAUCCAUUUGGACGGUGCUGGAUGAGAUUCCUUCAAAGAAUAGGAAGCGGGACUGGUUGUUGAAGAGUUUACUGCCGAAAUUCCCACCCCAAAGAUCAAAUAUAGCCAACGUAAGUGCAUUUUGUUUAGGUAGAAGUAUGGCCAUCCACCCCGAUUCCUUCCCAGCUGCCAGCCGAUAAAGGAAUGCAGCCACCAUUUCUUUCCAGUCUUGUUCAAACUCCGUGUCCCAUGCUAAGAGCAAGAAGCUCAAAAUGGACCUGCUGCCAGGACAGUAAACCUGGUUCAAUGUCACUGUCGUAUAAUGUCUUUGUGGCAUGAUUUCUGUGAUGACAUUGCAGCUGUUGAUGACAGGGCUGAGGUCAUGACCGAGGGUCAUCAACAAGUGGUAUCCAUCUCUCUGUCCGAACCUCUGAAAAUUUGCUUUGUUGAAAGUGAUCUUUUGAUUAUCAGCAUCCCCAAUUAUGCUCACUAUUCCACCUCUCCUACACAUCCUCUGAACAAGGGGGAGUCUCCUGAACAUUGACAUAGCUUUCAUUUUGUCUUAUUAUGAUGGCGUUUUUUGCCAGAGGUCGACUGUCUCAGUGGUACAAAAGUAGAAACCAAUACGCUUACAAAGUCCCUGAAACUCCUGGUUCUUCUCCGAGAAGCCCAUCAGAAGAAAAGGGAUCAGAAGAUGGACUUCUCGAAGAAAUACAGUAUCAUACGUUUGCUGCACGACGAUCUGUGUGGAAAAAUGGUCGCUUCCUCAUUAUUUUUCACAUCUUGCUCUUUACUCUGUAUAUUGCGAGUUUGAUGGCCGUGUGGGAAAGGAAUAAUACAAAUCAGUUCCGAGCAGCUGGAAUGCCCUUUUCCCCGGCAGCGAAGAUGGUAGAAUGGAGAGACACUAGAUUUAGCCUGGAGGAUCGGAUCACGGAAAAAGGGUCUUUCUCGGGGAAACCGAGCGCGGAAUUAGACAAAGCGUGGCAUGAUUUGCUUGAUGAUGAAAACAUUAUGGUGGAACCGGAAUACAUCAAGCACUAUGAUCGAGAGGAUAUCACGGUCCGCAUCCCUGAGGGUGAUGGCUACAUCGGCACCCUAAAUGUGUAUCAUGAACUCCACUGCCUGAAACGUAUCCACCAGUAUAUGUACCCUGACUACUACUUCGCGGGUUUGUCUGCAAGCGAUAUUGAAAUGAACAGGCUCCAUAAUGAACAUUGUAUCGACUUCCUCCGCCAAUCUGCCAUGUGCCAUGGCGAUAUUGGAUUGAUCACGUUCGAAUGGCGUGACAGCAGCCGCAUCCCGGUUGCCAAUGCUACAUCCCAUCAAUGCGUUAAUUGGCAGAAGUUGGAUCAGUGGACGAAAGCUAGAUCUGUUGAUAUGAUGAAGCCGGGUUGGCUCGUUCAUCCUACUCUUGGUGUGGCAUAUCCAACCGGUGAAGGUGACAGAAUUGGUGCACUUAGUGAGCAUAAUUAACUGAUCAACUACAAGGGAGAAAGCGAAGCAAAACCCUGGCAAAUAUGUCUUACUUUGGCGAGCCCUGUGGUGAAAUCCACAUAUUUCUUCUGUUGCUUAAACGUUGAUAUAGCUAUGUUCCCUAAGUAUUCACAUGAAGAGCGACGGUAACGACACCUUUUUCUAGUAUUUCUCAAUAGGUUGACACAAGAGUUCUUUCAGCACGCCAAGUAUUGACAGCCGCUUUGAAGAAAGCAAUAAUUAAAAGCUCUUAACCUAAAUCCGAUACUAAUUGACUAUCGUCGUCCUAUUUAUACGGUGCACCCACCAAAGCCUUCUGAGCAUUUUGUCAUGGGUUUCAGUGCCACAGUUUAGAACCACUUGAGUCCAUUCAUUCUGCUUCUGUAGUCUAAGAACUGCCACUAAGAUUCCCCUUGCACGAUGGGGGAUAUCAGGUUGAGCGCCAUCAGGUGCUUGUCCAUUCUCAUACAAAUCUGCGUUGCAAUAUCUCCUUUGGGAGCAGCGAUGAUGGCUCAACCCAAGUCUUAACCGGAAUAAAAAAUAUAAAAUAUAUAAAAUAUACUCUCCCCAAUUCCGGAUUUUUUUUUUUUUCGCAGAGUCCACGGACAAGCCUUUUUUCACAACACGGUAUCGAGACUUUUUGCCGGAACGGCAUGAGUUGCGUAAAAUACAUUUCUAUCGCCGGAAAUCUGAGCCACACCAAGACGGAACCGCCCCUACUCCCAAUCAUGGCUGAAUAUCCCAGACAGGCACAUAUAUCCCUGAGAGCCUUUAGGAAAGACACGAUCAAGAAUGGGUCAAAUAUUUCUUCAAUGAAAUGAAGGAUUGACUGCAGCGGAGUCUAGACUCAAGUUGCAGUGCAGUCGUUUGAGUGAUGGUACAUGCUGAGAAGUCAGGGGUAGAGGACUGAUAGAUACAGUACUUAGUACUCCGAAUAGACGGGAAGUAGUGAUUGUGAUUUAUUUCUAGGGUCUCAGGCUUGUGACUAUAUGUCAUCGCUCAAUCGAUGGCACUUUCGGCUACCAAUCUUCCGGUUGUCAUGUAACCAUUUUCCAUUCAGGUUCCACGUUUAACAGUAAACGGCUGGAAAUGGGGCAUAACUUGAACACAAUAUUAUAUCUGAGCUCAUGGUACCUAUGGCUCAUGCUAGGCAUAUUUCUUUGCUUGGAGAUUAUCCUCAUCCUUUUCGUUUCGCUAUAUCUUCCCGCUCCCCCGUAGCUUAAUGGCUUCAGACAUCCUCCAGCUCCACUCAACUACGGCAUUGGCUUGCCCUUUGCGCGUAAUUUCGCACCAAACUUCC